ACCCUCCUUUGAUGGCUCAGGACAGAACUUCCUUUGGAGGACAAGUCCAUGGUCACUCUGGACCCUCCUUUGAUGGUCCAGGGCAGCAAAUAUCACUCGGAUCUGGAGGUGUCUCUCCAUCAGGGCUAUCUGGAGGCUUUUCGUCCCAACCUGGCAUUGACGUCUUCCAUGGAAGUUGCCCCCAGGGACAAGUUCGCCAUUUCGAUGGCACAUGCGUAACUCCCGAAGUAACGAGAAACGUAUUUGCUUAUGCUGCUCCUGCACGAGAACCCAAAGCCCCACUGACUCCAGUAAAUAUCCCUGUACCCAAAGAAGAGCACAACAUUGUCUUCAUCCGUGCCCCAGAGGAAGCUGAUGGACCAGACCCCAUCAUCAUUCCACCACCCCAGAAGAAGAACAUCAUCUACGUACUCAACAAGGAAUCCGCACAAGAAGGACCUAAAGUCAUUGAAGUACCAGCACCUGAGACCAAGAACCCAGAAGUUUAUUUCGUAAACUACGCCGAUGGAGAGACCCCAACUCUUCCUGAUGGAAUUGACUUCGAAACUGCCCUGAACUCUGCUAUCCAGUCAGAAGGUCAGGUCAUCGGUGGCAGCACUGGUGCCGGUCCAUUUGGCGGAUCAGCCUCUGGCAUAGCCCUCGGGGCGGUUGGUCUAAGCAGCGGUGGUUUCGGUCUUGUUGCUGAUGACAGUGGCGAAGUUCAUCUUUCAGGCCAAGGAGGAGGAGCUGCAUUUGGGGGAGCAGCUUCACUGGGAGGAGGAGCAGCUUCAUUUGGAGGUGCAGCUUCAUUUGGAGGAGCAUCUACAUUAGGAGGAGGACCUUCAUUUGGAGGAGCAGCUUCAUUGGGAGGAGGACCUUCAUUUGGGGGAGCAUCUACAUUAGGAGGAGCACCUUCACUGGGAGGAGCAGGUUCAUUCGGUAUUUCUGGUUCUAUUGGUGCUGCCGGUUCUUCAGCUGGAUUCCAGGCUCCAGCAAGCAACUUCGGUGAUGCUCCUCAGCGCCUCUAUUCUACUCCUUAAACCAUUUCGACUCCUGAACCGAUUACGAACCAUCCGACUCGAUAUCUAUUUGUCUUUCAUUAUUUAUUUCAACAAGUCAAAAUCGCUUAUGAAUCUUAAAUAAAUAAAUUAUUCACUAACAUACAUUU